GUCGGUGUCACUCAACCCCGCAGGAUCAGUGCACCUCCCGGACGCGACAUGGAGACCGUGGUCCGCCGCUGCCCCUUCCUGUCCCGGGUGCCGCAGGCCUUUCUGCAGAAGGCGGGCAAGUCUCUGCUGUUUUACGCCCAAAACUGCCCCAAGAUGAUGAUGGAAGUGGGGGCCCGGCCAGCCCCCCAGGCCCUGUCCACGUCUGCAGCGCACGGCCAGCAAGUCAAGGAAACCCCUCCGGCCCCCCAGAAGGACAAAACUGCCAAGGCCGAGGCGCUGCCAGCUGGAGAUGGCACGCAGCUUCCCCCCGGACACCCGGCCCCCGCCCCGAGCCAGGGCGCUGCAAGCAAAUGCCCCUUCCUGGCAGCCCAGAUGAGCCAGCAGGGCAGCAGCGUGUUCCGCAAGGCCAGCCUGGAGCUGCAGGAGGACGUGCAGGAGAUGCACGCCGUGAGGACAGAGGUUGCCCAGGCCUCAGUGAGCCCCAGUGUGAUCAGCACGAAGACGCAUGGAGGGGAGCCGAGUGGUUUGCUGAAGAACUUCCAGGACAUGAUGCGAAAGCAAAGGCCGGAAAGGGUGUCCCACCUGCUCCAGGAUAACUUGCCGAAGUCUGUUUCCACUUUCCAGUACGAUCGUUUCUUUGAGAAGAAAAUUGAUGAGAAAAAAAACGACCACACCUAUCGUGUGUUCAAAACCGUGAACCGGAGGGCACAGCUCUUCCCCAUGGCGGACGACUACUCGGACUCCGUCAGCAAGAAGCAGGUGUCGGUCUGGUGCAGCAACGACUACCUGGGCAUGAGCCGCCACCCCCGGGUGUGCGGGGCGGUCAUGGACACCUUGAAGCAGCACGGCGCCGGUGCCGGGGGCACGAGGAACAUCUCCGGAACCAGCAAGUUCCACGUGGACCUGGAGCAGGAACUGGCCGACCUCCACGGGAAGGACGCGGCCCUCUUGUUUUCCUCCUGCUUCGUGGCCAACGACUCGACCCUCUUCACCCUGGCGAAGAUGAUGCCCGGCUGUGAGAUUUACUCUGAUUCUGGGAACCACGCCUCCAUGAUCCAAGGGAUUCGGAACAGCCGAGUGCCGAAGUACGUCUUCCGCCACAACGACGUCGGCCACCUCAGGGAGCUGCUGCAGAGGUCCGACCCCCAGGUCCCCAAGAUCGUGGCGUUCGAAACCGUCCACUCCAUGGACGGCGCAGUGUGCCCGCUGGAAGAGCUGUGUGACGUGGCCCACGAGUUCGGGGCGAUCACCUUCGUGGACGAGGUCCAUGCGGUGGGGCUGUACGGGGCCCAAGGCGGAGGGAUUGGCGACCGGGACGGAGUGAUGCCCAAGAUGGACAUAAUUUCUGGAACACUCGGCAAGGCCUUCGGCUGCGUGGGCGGGUACAUCGCCAGCACCAGCGCCUUGAUCGACACCGUGCGCUCCUACGCUGCCGGCUUCAUCUUCACCACCUCCCUGCCGCCCAUGCUGCUGGCCGGAGCCCUGGAGUCCGUGCGCGUCCUCAAGAGCGCCGAGGGGCGGGCGCUGCGCCGCCAGCACCAGCGCAACUUCAAGCUGCUGCGGCAGAUGCUCAUGGACGCCGGUCUGCCCGUGGUGCACUGCGUCCGGGUGGCAGAUGCUGCUAAAAACACCGAGGUCUGUGAUGAGCUCAUGAGCAGACACAACAUCUACGUGCAAGCCAUCAACUACCCCACCGUGCCCCGGGGGGAGGAGCUGCUGCGGAUCGCACCCACCCCGCACCACACCCCCCAGAUGAUGGACUACUUCCUGGAGUGUCUGCUGGCCACGUGGAAGCGCGUGGGGCUGGACCUGAAGCCACAUUCCUCGGCCGAGUGCAACUUCUGCAGGCGGCCGCUGCACUUCGAGGUGAUGAGCGAGCGCGAGCGGUCCUACUUCUCCGGACUGAGCAAGCUGGUCUCCGCGCAGGCCUGAGCGUCCUGAGCCCGGCCGCGGCCGCCGUCCCUCCCACAGAGCCUCCCGUGUCGUCUGCGUGGACUAAAUUAUUAAUUUUAAUCUAUAGCGAAGGCACAGUCCUGAAAAUAAAUUCUUGUUUACGUGCUGGGUC